UCCAGAGCUAUUUUUCUGUUUAAAUUAGCUGUAUUGGUAGAAGUUCAGAACAAUUGUUUGGAAAUAAGCAUGAUUUGUUGCAGUCAAUUGCAAACCUGUUUCAGUUAUUGAAUAUGCAGCAUCAUUUAUUUGAGUCAUGUUGGAAGAUUGGUGGCGAGACUUAGGCCUCAAAGGGUAGUCUGUAGUUAUUAGGUGUGCUGCAACACUCAGCGGAAGCCAGGGUAUCCCAGUGGCCCAGAUAUUGCACCUUAUCAUCCCAGCUCUGCAAAUUAUUGAUGACACUGAUUUGAAUUUGAUGGGGAAUUGUGAUGAUCAAUUGGUGCUUAAGCCUCAUGGCACAUCACAUAUGACUUGGGAAGCUACUGAUGAUAGAUCAAAGAAAACCUUGGAAAAUUAUGAAGACUCGAUAGAUGGUGGACACAACAGAAAGGGACCACCUAAAAAGAACAAAAUAUGCAAGGGACAAUCAAGUCAUGCUUCAAAUGCUUUCCUUAAAGAUUUUUCUGGAGAAUCAGAAUGUUUUGAUCAAGCUAAUGAAAUUUCAGAUACCAUUUUCCAAUUUCAGACAUCCUUGACCAGGGCAGUACAUAUAAGCAACAUUACAAAAACAUUUUUAACAGGGGAAAGUAUGUUAGACUACAAACUGGUAGGAGGUGCAAGAAUGCCAAUGGAUGGAUUAAUUUAUGAUGAUAAGACUGCAAGUGAAAUGAGUUCAUCCUGUCACUUUCCAUUGAUAAAUUCCCAAGCAAUAGAGACAAAUGGAUUAUUUGAAGGAGAGCAUGUUGUUGGCAGAGAAUAUGAUUUCCUGGAGCAUCCUUGGGACAAUAUCAACCACCUGAGCAAUCUGGAAGAUGUAGAUUCUAUAUUUCAGGAUCAAUUAUUUCCAAGCACUACAGCUGAUGUGGAUAUGGCGUCUCCCAUUCGAACCUCCUUUGUAGGAAUGCAAUGCAAGUCAACACCAAUAACAUUGAAAUCUGAUGUUUCUCUGAAAAAUGUAUCACCAAGUCAACAUCAUGGAGCUGGAGAAACGUAUACAACAGUUGGCGAUGAUUUGGUGGAUGAAGGAACCAUAGAGCCUAUGGUCCUGAAUCAGCUCAAAGCUGUAAUAAUGCAGUUAAGUCUCAGGACUAGAAUUUAUAUCAGAGAUGCACUCUACCGUUUGGCUAGAAAUGCAAAGCAACGACAUGCAGUAACUGAAGGUGGAAGCACCCUAGGUGUUUGUGGUGACUCCUUAAAUUCAAGGAUUCAAUUGAAUCAAGAACUACUUAGCUUCUCAAGAUACAAUGAAAUCGAUCUUGUGGAGACAGAAACCAAUCCCAUUGAUCGAUGCAUUGCAGAGUUAUUAUUCUCUACACAAAGUUCACACUCGUCAAUAAAUGGCACUGAUAAACACCUAUUAUCCUCCUCAUUUGAUGUGGAGACUAAGACAACUUCUUCCCUGGGUACAUCAGGAUUAACACAGGAGAGAGAUGGGCAAGGAGCAACUGUGGCAUCUCCAUAUUUUGCACUGACUACGGCAUUAGAUUCAGUAGAUCCUUUUCAAAGAUCUAAGCUAAUAAAUGUUGAAAUGCUCACAGGAGAUGCUAGGACAAAUCCUACAAAUUGUGAAGAUGAGAAUGAACUAAAAGCUGGACUGCAUACUUUAGCCACAAGGACUUCUGGAAAGGGGCUUCAAUGCUCUGAUAUAUAUCAGACAUCAGGUUCAAAUCUGUCUUAUCCUAGAGAAAGUAACUGUUUUAAUGCUUGCCUUGGAUUGCCAUAUUUUGGGCUUAGACAAGAAACACCACAUCUUUUUAGACUUCCUGUUGAUUUGGAUCACAACUUUAAAGGUGACAAGGCUCAAGACUUCUAUGCUAUGAAAGGCAAUUCAAGGGGAGAAACAACAGCCCAAAAUAAUAAUUUCUUCUAAUCAGGAUCAUGGUCCUGAAGUUAAGCUGACAUACUUUGGCACUUCCACAAUAAUAUUCGAGAAUGGUAUGUAGUGAGAAGUUCCACAAUGCUACUGAAUCAGACAACUUUACUACUUGAGUGUUCAUCUCAAAUUAAGUAAUGGCAUGUUUGAAAAGCAUAGAGGGAAACCUUGAUGGAAGAAGAUAGAAUUAAAUACCAUUACAUCAAGUGUGGUGGUAACAUCGUCUGCAGGGAAACUUGAAAGUCUUCUUGUAUAUUAUCAUCGCUGAGCAAUUUGUAGAAAAUAUUAUUUUGAUAACCUUCUUUUGGGUCACCUCAAUAAGUUUCCAUGAAAACAUAUGUGAAUUGUUUUCAUUCUUCUCUGGUCUAUUCAAUUCAGUUCUAUCAUAGUUUUCAA